AAGUGAUUUCAUUAUUAACAGGAAAAAACCCUCUUGAAAACCCGGGUGAUCAUAUCUAUGCCCUUUGAAAAUAUUCGUGGUAAGAGCAAAACGCGGAUGCCACACGUGGAUAUGCCACGAAUAAACAUUUGUGCAUUGAGGACAUCUAAUAUGACUUGUGGAAAUCAGGCAAGGCAGUGCUAUUGUAGAUGAUGUAAUAGGCAGUACUGUUGUAAAGGCAAGGCAUUGCACCACCACCACACCAUCAUCAACAUCAGGCAGGUCAGCUGAUCGCGGCAGGCAGCGACGCGAGGCGAGACAGGCGAGGUUUGGUGGUCGUCAAGGAGACGCCACACAACACAACAUGCAGUGCGCCGUGCGAGGGAGUAUGGCCUUGGUGAGGGCUAGCUCUGUGGGAAGGUUGUGGCUACAGAGACCAGUUGUGUGUGGUAUUUGGGGCUCUCAGUUGAGUUUACAUGUGGCAGCCCAGCCCCUGAGGAAGCCCCUGCAUCAGUUGCCCUCUACAACGUCCCUGCCAGCCCCCUCUGUGCUGAAGGCUGGGACCACACGCCAGUAUUCUGUGGAGCUUGAUGACAUACAGUAUGAACAGAUCAGUGAUGAGACCUUGGAGUCCCUGUCAGAGUACCUAGAGGAGCUGGUUGCUGUGGACACAGCACCCCAGGACUGUGAUGUAUUGUACAGUAGUGGUGUGCUGACCCUUCACCUGGGAACACACGGCACCUACGUCAUCAACAAGCAGACCCCAAACAAGCAGAUCUGGCUGUCCUCCCCCACCAGUGGCCCCAAGAGGUUUGACUUCCAGAGCGGAGUGUGGGUUUACCGCCACUCAGGGGAGACUUUGCACAGCCUCCUCUCUACUGAGCUUUCCAAGGUGUUCUCCAGCAAUGUGGACUUCCUGACCUGUGCCUUUGGGAGUUCUGAGUCUGCCUGAGGACCUGAGGAACUGAGACAUGUAUAUAACUGUGGUGUUUUGAAAGUUUUAGGUGUUACUGCAGGUACUAAAAAGUUUGUGGACCUUUUGAGUAGUGGAUUUUAGAGUUCUGAGUCUGCCUGAGGACUUAAGGAACUGAGACUUGUAAAUAUUGUUGGUGUUUUGAAAGGUUUAGGUGUCACUGCAGUCAUUGAAAAGUUUAUAUAUUACCUGAUCAGUGCCUUUGGGAGUGCUGAAUCUGUCUGAGGACUUGAGUUUAAGACUGGCUGGGUAUCUUUCAUAGGAGUGACUGAGAACUUGACUGAGACUUGUAUAUAAUGUUGGUGUUUUGGAAGGUUUAGAUGUUACUGCAUCUAUUUGUUGACCAAAAAGUUAAGGUUGGUGCAGGCAAGGUUUUUUUUUCACUGUACAUACAAAGCACUGCAUUGUACAUAAGAUAUAAAUACACUGCUUAUUCAUGAAAAAAAAAAAAGCUUGAGUCAUUCUGUAGAAAUACUUGUAAACAUAUGAAGUACAGUUUAAGUUGAUGUGUACAUCGGCCUAACAUUGUACAUAAGUAACACUCAGUUUGCAGAAGUAAUAGUGUACAUCAGGACCUAACACUGUACACGUGUGAAGCUCAAUUUGUACAAGUAAUAGUGUACAUGAGCUAACACUGUACACAAAUAAGGAACAGUAGAAGUUGCACCGUACAUAGAUAAA